AUGGCGUACGCAGCCAUACAAGAACGAGGGCAAAGAGAAUUCGAGAAGAAGUACGCAAAGGCGCGCACGAAGCUGGAAGACGUACACGCGGCGUAUUCGAAAGAGAGGGCGAGGAGGCAGGAGAUGAUGAAAGCUUUGAACGCUUCAAAGACGAAACAGAAGGAAAUCUAUCGAAAGUACGAGCAAGUGUGUGGCCAGAAACGCAGGUUGGAACAGAUGUACAGCGAAUUGAGAAGAAGCCACGGCGUGGGCGGCGCGAACGCAAUCCACAAGCGAAGCUUCUCGAACGAAGAGUUACGAGGAGCCGACGGUGGACCGCACUUGUUGGACGAAGACCCUUUCGGCGAUACUCCGAUGCGCGAUUCUGGAGGAAGACGAGGAAGUAUGGGCAAUCCGGUUCGCCGCUCCUUACGGACGCACUCGCCGGUACCAAUGCGAUCGUUGGACUCGUUGAACGACUCACACGGAGAAGUCACGACGAAAGCUAUGGAAGCACCAGCUCCACCGGUAAUGAAUACCAACAAAAUACCAUCUUUUGGGCAAAACAACAACAACAACAACAUCAACAACAAUAACAACAACAAUAACGACAGAAGACGCUCGAGUUUUGGUAUAAACGCGACGAACAAAGGCGGUGGUUUUGCUCCAGGUUUGGCGUUCGGGAGCAAACCGCAGUAUAACAAAGUCGCCGCGAACCCGUUCGCUUCCAAACGAUUUUAA